AUGGCGGAAGGCUCCACACACAUCCAUGUGGCGCCAGUCAAGAGGCACUGGACACUCCAGGAGGUCAGGCUCAUCGGCAAAGGCAUUAUACGUCUUGCGAGCGCUCUCUCUGCCGGUGUACCAGACACCGACAUGAUUACCCAAUGGGCAGCUAUGAACGGCAAUGGUAAGUGGCUGAGUAUUGCCGGACGUCAGGAAGCAGUCCAGGAACUGGAGGCCAUUCCCUGCCAAGAGGAUAAAGACAAGGAGCGCGAUCAGCUCAUCCAGUUCCUGUCUCCCAAGAGGUCACUUACCUGGAACUUUGAGAACCUCCGCGGAACGGGUACCGUUGAGAUGCGUCGCUUUCCUCAAAGCAUGACGGCAGACGCAUCGCUACACUGGAUUGGUCUGACCCUCUCCAUGCUAGCAAUUUGCCUCGAUCAGGAUCUUGAACUCAGCAGGUUCGUCUCCAUGAUUGAGGACUCCACCGGCGGGUCUAUCGACCCCCCUACUGGCUUACACAGCCUGUUGACUGGCGGGCCUUUGGCCUUGUUCGAAGACCUCGUCAUGGAAUCAGCUGAGCUUCUCGGGUUGGAAGACCUGGUGAAAUUCGAGGCUGGUUUCUGGAGAGAUCAGUCUCUCUCACGAUUUACUUAG